AUGGUGUUCGCCAAGACCGCCGUUGCUGUUACGCUCGCCACCCUUGCCCUUGCCGGCCCCAUCAAGCGUUCUGACAGCACUGCUAUCGAUGUGAUGAUUCCCAACAAUCAGACUCUCGCUCAGUUCACCGACGCCUGGAAGUCCGAGUGCGACAAGCUCUUCGCCGCAUCUGCCGGGGGCGUGUACGUGAAUGACGAUCUCGUCCAGCCUACCGCUGUCCAGGGUGAGGCUAUCGCCUACUGCUCCUGGUACACGGAGCGCCCGACGACCGUCUACAACAAGACCAAGGACUGCGCUGACGCGCUCGGCGCCAAGAUCGUCGACUCGAGCAGCAAGUCGAAGCGUGACGGCCCCGAUAUGCGCGAAAUCAUCAUCGUCCGUGUCUCCCUCCAUCCUUCUUCUUUGUCCCCAAAAAGCGUCUUCCCGCUUCCCCUCCUUCGCUCUCCUCUUCCUGGAAUUCCCCAAGGCAACUCCAUCGCGCAGCUCAACCAGACCUGGACCGCACAGUGCCACAAGACCGUCGACGGCAAGAACGGCACCUUCUACUCAUCCAUCGGGGUGGUUUCCAACAACAAGACCGAGGCGUACGCAGAGUGCGUGACGUCCACGCCCGGUGUAAACGGCACGAUUGACCUCGACAACUACACUCACGAUUGUGCCAACGCCCUUAACAUCGAGUUUGCGCAGGGACACAACUAG